AUGCCGGGAGGCCGGGGAGGGCCGGGAUGCCGCGGGGCCGGGGCGGUGGGACGCUGUGGGGCGGUGGGAUGCCGCGGGGCCGAGGCUCCGGCGCCUCUUGUCGCCGCAGGGCGCCCCGGGAGGCAGCACGCCGGCAUGGAGCGGGGCUCGCCCGCCGAGCCGCGGCGGGCGCCCCGGCCCCCCAAGCAGCGCGGCCGGGCCCAGGCGCCGGCGGAGAGCCCCGAGGCCGGGGGGCCCCCCGCCGCAGCGGCCGCCCGGGGCCCCCACGCCGUCCUCGAGGGCAAGGUGAAGGCGCUCAAGGAGAAGCGGGGUGCCGGGAGGCCGGGGGGCCCCGCGCCCACCCCCGAGCGCCCCUCGCCCAAGAAGCCGCGUCCCCGCCGGGCCAAGCCGGGGCCAGACGCCGCCGCUGAGCCCCGGGCGCCGCUCCGCACCUACCUGACGGACGGGCUGCUGGACGGCGGCGCGGGCCCCGCCGGCGCCCCGGCUGCCGCGCGCCGCAGCGGGGGGCCCUGGAGGAUCCCGGCGGACGGCAGCGGUCUGUCGCUGGCCCAGCGCGUGGAGAGGAAUCGGCGGCUGCUGCAGGAGGUGCUGGCGCUGGCGCCGGGCCGGCCGCCGGCGAGCGACGUGGGCUGGGACUCGGGCGUCUCCCUGCCGGAUGCCGAGGGCUGCAGGGCCUUCGUCCCCGGACCGGAGCUCGCGCUGAGCCCGCGGCACGAGCAGGCCAAGCAGCUGCUGCAGCGCGCCCGCAUGAAGGCGCGGACGAACCCGCUGCGCGCCAGCCACGACCUGCUCCCCGCCGGCGCCCCGGCCCGCAGGGAGCCCGGCGGGACGCCCGCCCCGGAGCGGAAGCAGAGGGACGGAGAGGCGCCGGGCAGCGGGAGCCUGAGCGACUCGUCGAGCGGGGAGUCCGGCUGCGGGCCGCGGCGGGCGCGCGGGCCCUCGCCGUCCCGCGUGCGCUUCGAGGACGAGUCGGCCCGCGACGCCGAGGCCCGCUACCUGGAGCGGCUGCAGCUGCGGCCGCGCCGGGCGCUGGGCUCGGCCCUCGGCGCCCUGGGCCCGCCGCUCCGCCAGCCCCGCGGCGGCGAGCGGCCGAGCCGGGGGGACGCGGCCGGCCCCGGCGGAGCCCCGAGCGCCGCGGGCACGUGCCGAGCCUGCGGCUCCUACCUCGGGGACGGCGGUGGCGCGGCGGCGGCGGGCGGCCCUGGCGAGCGCAAGGAGGCGGCCGCCGCGCCGGCGGAGCCGAGAGCCGGGCCGCUGGGCCCCCGGGGGUCCCCGCUGUGGAUCCUGCCCUCCCGGCAGCGCAUCCGCACCGAGAAGAUCAAGGAGACCUACAUCAGGGACGUGACCUGCGGCGACGAGGCCGACUCGGCGCUGGAGAGCACCGACACCUCCGACGGCUGCCGGACGGACAGCGAGGAGGGGGGCGCCCGCCCGGCGGGCCGUGGGCCCCCUCGGCCCCGCUGGCCCCACGGCCCCGCGGCCGGGGAGCCGGAGCUGGAGCCUCGCGGCGCCGACGGGACGAGGGACUCGAGCUCGCGGGGGCCCGAGGGGGCGGCCGGCGGGCCGGAGGCGCCUUCCCCGCGCGCUGCGUCGCCGCGGGUGCUCGGCCAAGCCGAGGGCGGCCCCGAGCCCUCCGCCGCGGCGCCGGAGCGGGCUCCCCGCAGCCCCCGGCGGCUCCCCGACAGCCCCCUGGGCGCCUUGUCCACCAACAACUGCAACAACACGGGCGGCCGGGGGCCGGGCGGCGCGGCGGGGGGCGGCGCGCGGCAGGCGCCCGGCCCUGCGGGUGCUGAGCCCCCCGCCGCCACCGCGGUGCCCGAGCCCCCCAGCAGCCGCGAGGGCGGCAGCCCCUCGGCGGCGGGGCUGAGGAAGCUGCUGGGCAGCCUGAGCCAGAGCACCAAGCGGCGCCUGGGCCGCUUCCGCUGCUACAGCAUGGAGCAGCUCGCGGCGCCCGGCCCCGCGGCGCCCGGCGUGCAGAAAUCCCCCUCGCUGCAGUCCCUGCGCCUGGCGUCACCCUUCUGCCAGCGCCGGAAAGCGUCCUCCGUGCAGCACCUGCCCGCCCCCGCGGACAAGGCGCCCCGCGCCGGCGCCUACGCGGUGGCCGAGCCGGGGCACGGCUCGGGCCCCACUGCCGCCGGCAGCAAGGGCGGCCCGGCGCCGCGGCGCUCGCUUAGCGCGGAGGACAUCGGCGCCCCGGCCCUGCUCCGCACCGUGGGGCGCGUGCUGGAGGUCUUCCCCGACGGCACCAGCCAGCUGGAGCUGCAGCGGCCUCCCGACGGCACCUUCGGCUUCCGCGUCGCCUCCGGGCACGGCCGGCCCGACACAGGCGUCUACGUGCAGGAGAUGGCGGACGCCAGCACGGCCAAGCUCUACGCGGGGCUCCUCGGCGUGGGCGACGAGAUCCUGCAGGUCAACGGGGCCGCCGUGUCCGGCCUGGGGCUGGCCCACAUCCGCGAGCUGCUGCUCCGGGCGGACACCCUGUCCCUGCGCGUGCUGCGGCAGCGGCCGGCCCGCCGGUAGCUCGGCGGCAGGAGGAGGACGGCGACGGCGGGAGGCGUCUCGGGGACCGGGCGAUGCCGCGGGCCGGCUCCGCCAGCGCAGCCGAAUCCGUGCGGCUCGCCGCCCCGCGCCGAGCGCCGCCGGCCAGCGCUGCGGUCCCUGUCCGUGGCCGAGAGGCAGCGUGGACGGCGCGAGCGGGCUCCCCGUGUCCAGGCUGCCCCGAGACUCUGGGAACUGGGCUCUUUCUGUGCAAUAUCCCCCUCCCCAGCGCCUGCGCGGAGGGGAAACCUGAUUUCCCCGGGCCCCGGGAGGUGAAGCCGGAUGAAGGAUCCAUCGCAGACCGUGUCUGGCAUCCCCAAGGGGCUCCUCAGCAGUGUUGGAAACCUCUGCCGUGGGCUGUCGGGUUUUGCUUAAAUUAUUUCAAAAUAAUCAAAAAAAGA